CUCCGCAGGAAGAAAUAAAAACCACAUUCAACAAUGACGUUGGAAGAUUUCGAAAAGUCUCUAGCCGCCGAGAAGGAUCGCGACAAGUCUGAGCGGACUCGCAACGCAAAUUCAAGGCAUCGCAGCCGCCACCAUCAUCACCGGCACCACCAUAGAUCCUCAAGGGAUCGCGACUACUCCGACGAGGACCGUUCAAGUCAUCAUCAUAGACACAAGCGCUCGCGUCGUGCGGGGGAUGACUACCCAAGAAAUGAUUCUGAUGACCGGCACGAGCGAAAGCAUCGAAGGUCUCCACGAUGCGAAACAACAAAGGCUCGGAAACCAGCAGACGAUGAGGCGGAUGAGAAGGAAGACGAAUGGGUCGAGAAAGAGGCUUCUAAUGAAGAUACAAAAAAUGCGGAAGGUCCUCUACAGCCGGCCCUAAAGCGCGAUACGUGGAUGGAGGCACCUUCAGCUUUAGAUGUCGACUACGUUCAACGAGGUGUCCAGAGACCGAGGGAGCAAACUGAAAAGCAAUUGAAGCCAGACUUCAACCUCAGUGUUCACAAAAAUGAACUAAACACCCAUCUCAAAGAUCUAGCGGAAGGGAAAGGCUUGGAAGAUAUUGCAAACGAGCCAUCCCAGCACGAUGUUGACUAUACCUUUGGAGAUGCCGGCUCGAAGUGGCGGAUGACGAAACUAAAAGCAAUCUAUCGACAAGCUGAGGAGACAGGAAAGCGAGUCGAGGAGUUUGCUUUGGAGCGAUAUGGUGAUCUACGAAGUUUCGAUGAUGCACGCGAGGAGCAAAUAGAGCUGGACCGCCGUGAGACCUACGGCGAAGGCUACGUUGGAAAAGAGAAACCUAGCGGAGAGCUGUUUCAAGAGAGAAAGCUAGACUACGGAAUCAGAAGAAACAGCUCAUCUAAGCAGGAGGUCGAACAAACGGAGCCGCCUCAGGGCGAGACUUUCGAAACAGAGCCUGCCCCGACGAAAACUCUGCCCCUCGACCAAAGUGCUCUGAAUCGGUUGAAGGCUCAAAUGAUGAAAGCAAAGCUCCGUCGCUCAUCAGACGCUGCGCGUCUUGAAGCAGAAUAUAAUGAUGCCAUGGCUGUGGCAGCCAAUCGCAAGGAUCCUGGAGUAGUGGUGCUUGGUACUAUGGAGAGCCGCCUCCUUGCUGAUCGUAAAGGUGAAGUUAAGGCAGUUCAUAACAAACGUGGCCGGGAGCGCGGCCUUGUUGAAGAGAAUGAAGACAUGAGCAUUGAAGAUAUGGUCCGAGCCGAGAAAAGAUCCCGAGGACAGGCUGGUGGCGAGGGUCAGCGGUUUGCAGAACAAAUAGCCAAAGACGGAAGGUUCACUGAUGAUCUCGACUACAUGGACGACAAUGCCGAAAAGCUGGCAAAAAGGGUCCAAAAAUCGGAGAUCAACCUCAAAAAUAUGGCCAUUUCAGAUUUUCAAAAAAUGAACCGCAUACUUGACACAUGCCCAUUGUGUCACCAUGAGGAUACGAACACGCCUCCUAUAGCACCGGUAGUUUCCCUUGCAACGAGAGUAUACCUUACCCUGCCAACUGAACCAGAGCUUGCCGAUGGUGGUGCAUGCAUUGUGCCAAUUCAGCAUCGGCUAAACCUGCUCGAAUGUGACGAUGACGAGUGGGAAGAAAUGCGAAACUUCAUGAAGUGUUUGACCAGAAUGUAUCAUGAGCAAGGUCGCGACGUGGUCUUUUACGAAAAUGCAGCACGACCGGAACGCAAAAGACACGCAGCAAUGGAAGUGGUUCCUCUUCCUUACAGUCUUGGAGAGACAGCUCCUGCCUUUUUCCGCGAGGCGAUCCUCUCUUCAGAUGAGGAAUGGACUCAGCAUAGGAAACUCAUAGACACACUUGCACGUGCAAAGAACCAGGGCCUUGGGAAACUUGCCUUCCGACGUUCUUUAGCCAAAGAGAUGCCUUAUUUUCACGUAUGGUUCGAGCUUGAUGGCGGCUUAGGACAUAUCGUGGAAGACCCUAACCGUUGGCCGAAAGGCGAUUUAUUUGCGCGGGAAAUCAUUGGAGGCAUGUUAGAUGCAGACCCUACAGCAAUCAAGCGGCAAGGCCGAUGGCAGAAGGGAGGUGACAGGAGAGUGGAGGGGUUCAAGAAGCGAUGGCGAAGUUUCGACUGGACGAGAAUACUCACGGAAGGACAAUAAUCAUCUUUUGUAUCAAAGUUAUCAUUUUCUGGUAAAGGAUCGUAUACUCUCUUUGGUGCCUUGGCUCCUCUUUUGUGAGGCUCAAAAGCGUUUUCAAGCCUAACCAUCUUGCUUCUCAUCGCAUAUAUUUCUUGGCGAAAUCUCAUAUAUUGAAAGUGGUGAUAAUGCCACCUUCUUUUCCUUCGCUGGUUCAAUAGUCUCUUUUCUAUCUGACGCAAAUUGACAGCUUAAAUCC